UAGGUACAUGCAAUAUUUGUAACUGAUUUACCAUAUUCUUUCCAAACCCCAAUUUAAACAGCCUAAUAAAUUUAAUGUAAUACUAUAUAGCUGAGCAAGUUAUACCCACCAAUACGUUUAAUUUGUUUGUUCAAUUCUAUUCUAUAUGGCAUGUUAUAUUUUAAUUUAUAGAACUUGAAAAAGUCAAUAUAAAAACUUAGAUUUUCGUUUUUGUAACUAGUAUUCUUUUAUCUCAAAAGAUUGCGUUCACGAAAUAUUUCCUCACAGGACCACUUUCCGAAUUGUGUUUCUUACAUAUUUACAUGCUACAUGUAGAUAAACAUUAUCUUUAACUUGUUGGCAGCAUAUCAAUCUUACGGCAUCUAGAAAUUUUCGCUCGUGACGCACAUGUCGACAAUCUACGUACAAGAAUUCAAUUAUGUAAUCUCACCGUGAAGUCCUUUAAAGCAUAGUGAAAUCAGUUCCAGAAUCAAUCACAUCCACUGUUCCUUCUUUUUUGACACACGGGAAAGGAAAAAUGGCUUCUCAUAUCGUUUCUAGCGGACAAAAACCACACGUUGUUUGCGUGCCUUACCCUGCUCAAGGCCAUAUCGACCCGAUGCUCAAAGUAGCUAAACUGCUUCACAACAGAGGCUUUCACGUCACCUUUGUCAACAACGUCUACAAUCACAACCGUCUACUCCGGUCGCGUGGGCCCAACGCGCUGGACCGGAUUCCUACGUUCCGGUUUGAGUCUAUCCCUGAUGGUCUACUAGAGACUGAUGGGGAUAAGAUGCAGGACAUCCCUUCCCUUUGCGAGGCCACUAUGAAGAAUUGUCUAGCUCCAUUUAAGGAACUUCUUCAGCGGAUCAACGUCCGAGAUGAUGUUUCUCCGGUGAGUUGUAUUGUAGCUGAUGGUAUUAUGACUUUCACUCUUGACGCUGCGGAGGAGCUCGGUAUCCCCUGUGUUAUUUUCUGGACCACAAGUGCUUGUGGCUUCCUGUCCUAUAUGUACUUUCACAGUUUCAUCGAGAAGGAUUUAUGUCCAUUAAAAGAUGAGAGUUACUUAAACACACAAAUAGACUGGAUUCCAACGAUGAAAGACCUAAAACUAAAAGACAUCCCAAGCUUCAUCCGUGCGACUAGUCGUGACGACAUCAUGCUCAAUUUUUUUCUCCAUGAGACAGACCAACUCAAACGCGCUUCCGCUAUCAUUCUCAACACGUUCGAUGAUCUUGAGCAUGACACCAUACAAUCUCUGCAGUCUAUUCUACCUCCCGUGUACACAAUUGGACCGCUCCAUCUACUAGUGAAUCGUGAUAUCGACGAGGAUAUUGAGAUAGGACGGAUGGGAUCGAGUUUAUGGAAGGAGGAGAAGGAGUGUCUAGACUGGCUUGACACCAAACCUAUAAACAGCGUUGUUUACGUUAACUUUGGUAGCAUAACGGUGAUGAGCGCAAAACAACUCGUAGAGUUCGCUUGGGGUUUGGCGGCAACAGGAAAAGAGUUUUUGUGGGUGAUCAGGCCCGAUUUAGUAGACGGUGAAGUGCCGAUGCUUCCGCCAGAUUUUUUAACCGAGACGGCUGGCAGGAGGAUGCUAGCGACUUGGUGUCCUCAAGAAAAGGUUCUUGCUUAUCCAGCGGUAGGAGGGUUCUUAACGCACUGUGGAUGGAACUCGACUAUAGAGAGUCUUUGUGGUGGAGUUCCUAUGGUGUGUUGGCCAUUCUUUGCUGAACAGCCAACAAAUUGUAAGUUUUGCUGUGAUGAGUGGGGAGUGGGGAUGGAGAUCGGUGGAGAUGUAGGGAGGGAGGAGGUCGAAGCGGUGGUAAGAGAGCUAAUGGAUGGAGCGAAAGGAAAGAGCAUGAGGAAGAAGGCGGAAGAGUGGAGAGGCUUAGCUGAGAAAGCGACGGAGCAUACGUGUGGUUCAUCGGAAUUAAAUUUGCAGAUAGUUGUUAACACAGUUCUCUUACAGCACCUCCAUCCUAGCAUCCUAGCGAAGGAGGUGACUUUCUAAACAAUAAAAGGUAAAAAGAAUUUUUACUCGAUGUUUUUUUUUUUAUCUAAGAAACCAAAGCUAUUAGAUACCUUUUAGAUAUUUCUUUAUACAUUUAAGUGUAAUAAGGUUAGUCUUUUAAUAAAAAAAAAACAAAAUUUAAGGUUUGAUAGGUUGAAUCGGUUUUAUGGUUUUUGCUCUAAGAUUUAAUAUUUAAAAUUUUAACUAUGGUUUAAUUUUCUUUUGCUGUAGAAUUUUUCCAAAGUACUAAACAAAAAUUCUAGAAAAAUAAUGAUUUGGUAAAGCUAAUAUAUUUCCGUUUAUAAAGUAUUAAAAGCUGUAGAUUUAAUUUUUUAAACUAAAUCAUGAUUGUUUUAAAAGAGACUAAAACUAAAAAUAGCUGUUCACGGCUACUAAAACCUCUUCACUCCUAAUUAGGGCAUCCGCAUUGCUAGGACCAAAAAAUUGGUCCUUAAAUUAAUUUAUUGUUUUUGUUAUGUUAAGAGAUUUAGCUAAGGACAAUUAGAAAAAGAAAGAUUAUUGGUAGGACCAAAAUAUUAGUCCUUAGAUUAUUAUAUUGAUAUUAUAAAUUAAUUAAUUAUUUUUAUAAUUAUUGACAUAUAAAAGAUAAGUUUUUAAACAAAACAUUAAACAUUUAAAUUGAAAACACAAGAACAUUACAAAGUUGAAAAAAAAUUAUAAAAUUGGGAAACAAAUUACAAAUUACAAAAGGAAACAAACCAAACAAACAUUUUAUUGAGAUCCGGUGGAGUGAUUCGGUUGAAAUCGGCGGAGAGAUCGCUGGAGAGAUUGGUGAAGAGAUGUGAGAGAUCGGGGCUCGGAUCGGAGGAGAGAUCGUACGAUAUUUCCGAUGGAGAGAUUCGGUGGAGAGCUUCGUUGGAGAGAUUUAGGGCGAGGGAUUGAGGGCGACAGAUUGGGAUCGACAGAGAGAUGGGAGAGAUGGGACAGAUCGCCAGAGGGUUCGACGGAGUCCGUGGUCGAGAGCUCGGUGGAGGGAAACCGUCGAGAGAGAUGGGAGACGAUGCGAAUGAUUUCGUCGAGAGAGAUGGAAGACUUUCCCAACACCGAACACUCCUUCCCCUCUCUCUGACACGUGCAGCUAAGGACACAAACUUAAAACUUCUUAAUUAACAUACGUGAGCUAACGUUUUCUGUAUUAUUAAUUUAAAUUGAUUUAAAUUAAUUACCUAUUAUGCUAAGGACGCGCUAACAACCGCGCAAUGCAGAUGCCCUUAGCAUGCAAACGAAAUGCUGUUAAAACCUUUAAUACUUUUCUCAGAGCAGCUUUAGAGCACCAUUAACCCAACAACCCAUAAUGGGGUGUUUAAAUUUUUUUUUUCUUUUUUCCUGAUUAAAAAAAAUUAAAAAUGGAUCAAUCGCGGACCACCACGUAUAAGUGGAGUCUGUGAACAGUGCAAGCAGCAGUGCUUAAAUAGACUUCAAAAGAAUUGGUGCUUAAAAUUUUGUAGGUCUACCCUGGGAUCCACCCACUAUUAUAUUAUUCUUCCGUAAGCAUUUGGGUUAAUGGUGCUUUUAGAGCAUGCCUACUGGUGGUUUUGUGUUUCUUCCUUCUUUCCUUAUUGUUUUUUCCACCACUUGUUGGAUACUUUAUUUUCUUUGUCUCGUUGUACGAUUGAGGCUUUGUCCUCGUUUAAGUUUUCACCCCAAUCCAUCAAUGAUAAAUCCAGUGUUUAAAAAAUGGUUUUAAAGCAUUAUCAAUGGUGAAGUUUUUAAGUAUCUACACAAUAAUAUAUCAAUAUUCCAAAAAAAUUAUUUAUGUAAUUGAAUGUUAUUUUCUAAAAACGAUAUGUCAAUCUGAGUAUGACAUUGGGUUUAUGGUUUUUUAAGCUUGGAUGUCUGGAUGAUAGUGUUUCUCAGGCUGUGAGGGGUUAACAAUCCAUCCCGUGGGAUCCAUGGUGAUCUUGUAAAACACUAACAUCAACCCUAAGCUUCUCUCAGGUUGGUUGUUAAUGCGCUUGCUAUUCUUAGAAUCUAAGACUUUAUCCUUUAACAUUCUAAGAGUUUACCCUUUAACAACUCUCUCACAACAACUUGCAUGAGAAAAACUUAAGGUUUAUAAGUAAAGGGUUGAAGUCGGUGUUCUACCGGAUCAGCCUAGAUCCUAUGGGACGGGUUGUUUGGUGACUAUUUAUCAUGUAUGAGGAUUGUUAAAGGAAGAGGUCUUGGGUUCAAGGAACGCCAAACACACUAACAACCUAUCUAGAAAGAGUUUAAGGUUCAAAUGUGACGAAUUAGAAUCGGUGACUAGUAGAGUUGUCUGAAACCCACAUUACGAGUUGCUACAAUACGAUUGCGAUGUUUUUAAUUGCAUCUCUCUAACUUUAAUAUAUUCUUUAGUUAUAAACUAUAACCUCUCAUCAAGAGCUUAUCUAUAAAUUAUAAUGGUGCUCUUAUCGCUAAGCUCUAAGAAAAAGUCUUAAGAAUAAAAUGCUAUUAUUUUAAUUUGUUUUGUUUAAAACUAAAAUCAAAUAUUUAAACCAUUAAUUUUUUGACAGGUGCGGUGAAAAGUUCUAACCAAUUUCUUGGAGAGUUUAUUUUGAGAACUUAUUGCUGUCUUUUUCCAAUAUAUUUUUUUAAUGUCUACAUACUCAAUUAAAACCAUCCAUUGGAAGUGAAAAUGUUUACAUACUCAACUAAAACCAUCUAUUGGAAGUAAAACUCUGAUAUCUUAAGCGGUGGAAGUGCUAUAAUGUAAUUUAACCUUUCAAAAAUAAAAAUAAGAUAACAACAAAACAUUACUCGUAUGUAUUUGAUAUCUGUUAUAUUUGCGAAAGCAAUGGGGAUACUAGUCGGACAGGCUUUUUUUUAUGUCAAAAACUCCACUCAAAAUUAGCUUUAUCUUAUAGCAGACAACUCAAACAAAUCUUGCCGGAUGUGCUUGAUGGUCCCCUUUAAUACGCUAACUUGGGGACUUCUGACUCCUACUGUUUCAAGAGUCUCCGCUAGUUGAACCCCGUCCUGUAGACUUUUUGUUUUGCUCAUCUCCUUCGUCAGCUGUUUGAUCGGGAUGCCCCAGCCAUGCUCCCACGGCCCGCAUACCGAAGGCAGAUGCUGCUUGGAUUAUCGUAGAAUAAAUAUUUUGUCAAGGCGUCUUUCCUGACUUCGUUUUUUUUUUUGUCAACCUUGACUUUGUUAAUGCAUACUUGAUUAUUUUUAUUUUUUUACUUGAUUAUCUUUUUGUCGUCUCUUUAUUAUAUAAUCCAACCAGCAAAAAAGAAUUACAAAAGAUACAAGUAAAGAUCCAUGCCCACAUAAAAAAACACUUUUUUUUUUGGUAAAAACACUUUCCCAGAUAAAAAACACUUUCCCAGAAGAAA